GGCAGUGAUCCGAGAGCGCGCUCAGCUGGUGUGAGCGUCCCACUGACCGUCAAACGCUCCAGACGCGUUUCCACAGGACCGGUGCUGCUGCAAUUCAGUGCGCACCGGGCAUCGCCACACUAUUUCAACACUGUUUCAACGUGGAGGGCUUCACCUGUUGCUGAGGUGCCCUAGGUGCUGUGGAACCGGUGCUGGUCAUGACUGAAUGCCAACAUUGAUCUAUAUGCUGUGAAGAGACCAACAUCUGGUGGAUUCUACAUUUGGGCCCAACCAUGUUCCACUUGAUCAAGAAAGAUAAAGACAAGGAGAAGGAUGGAACAAAAAAGGAGAAGAAAGAGAAACAAGAGCGAAUGUCUCAAGCCGAGCUGAAGAGCCUAGAGGAAAUGAGCGUGAGGAGAGGUUUCUUUCAUCUUCAUCGAAGCAGCUCUAAACGGGAGGCGAAAGGGAAACUGGAGAUUUCCAGCCCCAUUCCCAUCAAGGUCGUCCGAAACACAGAGCUCAGCCUGACAGACGCGGACCUCAGGAAACUCUAUACUCAGGGUACCAUAACACCCAUGAGCUCUAGUGAUGACAUUAAGCUGGACCAAGACGUCCGCCGAUCAUCCAUCAAAGAACAGGCAGUCAAAUAUGACUCCAUGAGGAAGCAGAAUUCCCCAGUCGAACAAAUCUUGAAGCGGUUUUCUUUCUCACAGAAGAGCAAAGAUGAAAGCCCUUCAGGGUCAACUGCACCAUCAGCGCAGAACUCCGCCAUUCCCUCACCUCAGGUAGUGGUUAAGGUGUUCAAUCCCCCGCCUCUAUAUACACCUCACCGUCCCACCAGCCCUGCAAAGAGCAUCCAAGUCCCAGAGAUAGUGGACCGAACGUUCCCAGCAGACUUGCGCUUGCCUGUUGUGGCACCUCCGCAAAUUCCUGCACCAAGAGAGUUGGAAAUUCAGCGCCGCAACACGGGCGAUUUCGGUUUUUCCCUUCGCCGUACCACUAUGGUGGACCAGCGGCCCGAUGGGUCGCUCUACCGAAAGGUGGUCCACUUUGCCGAGCCUGGCGCUAGGAAUCAGUACCUGACUCUGGGGCUGGUGCCAGGCGACCGUCUGGUAGAGAUCAAUGGGAGGAACGUGGAAAGUAAAAGCAGGGAUGAGAUCGUGGAGAUGAUCAGGCAGUCUGGAGACACAGUACGUCUGAAGGUGCAGCCCAUCGUGGAGUUGAGCGAGCUGAGCCGCUGCUGGUUGAGGAACACCAGAGGCCCGUACCGCGAUGUUUACGAGGCCAAGGCAGCUGAAGAUCCUGUGGCUAUCCUGCAGGCUGCACAUGAAGCUGCCAGUCUGUCUAAGGUGAAGACGGAGGAGCAGCUUGCUGCAGAGAAGGCCUGGUAUAACACUGAGAAAGUCUGGCUUGUCCAUAAAGAUGGCUUCUCUUUGGCCACACAGCUCAAGGCAGAGAUGGGUUCUCUCCCAGAGGGGAAAGUGAAGAUCAGACUGGAGCAUGAUGGGACAGUACUGGAAGUGGACGAGGAUGAUGUGGAAAAGGCAAAUCCUCUAUCAUAUGAUCGAGUGGAGGAUCUCUCCUCUCUUCUGUACCUCAACGAGUCCAGCAUGCUUCACACCCUUCGUCAGCGCUAUGGUGGAAACCUCAUUCACACCUACGCUGGGCCAAAUCUUCUGGUGAUCAAUCCUCUCAGCACACCUGCCUUGUACUCAGAGAAGGUGAUGCAGAUGUUUAAGGGCUGCCGGAGGGAGGAAACAGCUCCUCACAUUUUCGCUGUUGCUCAGUCGGCAUAUCAUCAGCUGCUGACCACACGUCAGGAUCAGACCAUCGUGCUGCUGGGCAAGAGUGGCAGCGGAAAGACCACUAACUGCCAGCACCUGCUACAGUACCUGGUCACCAUCGCAGCCGGCAGUGGAAAGGUGUACUCAGCUGAGAAAUGGCAGGCGGUCUACACGGUUCUGGAGGCUUUCGGGAACUGCAGUACAGCUAUGAAUGUGAACGCCAGUCGCUUCUCACACAUAGUCUCUCUUGACUUCGACCAGGCAGGACAGGUGGCCUCUGCCUCUGUUCAGACCAUGUUGCUGGAGAAGUUCAGAGUGAUCAGACGACCAGAAGCAGAAUCAAGCUUCAAUGUGUUUUACUAUCUGAUGGCUGGAGCAGAUGCAGCUCUAAAGACUGAACUUCAUUUUAAUCACUUUGCUGAGAACAGCGCAUUCGGGCUCCUCCCUCACUCAAAGCCUGAGGACAAGCAGAAAGCCGCUCAGCAGUUCACUAAGCUACAGGCUGCCAUGAAGGUCCUGGGCAUCUCUGCUGAAGAACAGAAAACCGUGUGGCUGAUCUUAGGGGCCGUAUACCACCUCGGUGCCGCUGGGGCCACCAAAGAAACAGAUGCAGCAGGCCGAAAGCAGUUUGCCAGGCACGAGUGGGCACAAAAAGCAGCGUAUCUCCUGGGCUGCACACUGGAAGAGCUGUCAUCCGGCAUCUUUAAAACGCAGGGCAAGGGCACACUUCCCCGCUCCUCAAGUGUCCGACAGAGUACGGAUGAUACGGAUAGCUCAGUGUCUAAAGCAACAGCAGCUGAGUGUUUGGAGUUCAUGGCGUCUGGUUUAUACUCUGAGCUUUUCACACUCAUUAUCUCUCUCAUUAACAGAGCGCUGAAGUCCAGUCAGCAUUCUCUCUGUUCUCUGCUGAUUGUGGACACACCAGGGUUCCAGAACCCUCGUCAGGUGAAGAACCAGCGCGGCGCCACGUUUGAGGAGCUCUGCCAUAAUUACGCUCAGGAACGUCUGCAGACCCUGUUCCAGGAGCGAACAUUCGUACGGGAACUGGAGCGUUACAAAGAGGAAAACAUUGGGAUCACAUUGGAUGACCUGGAGCCCAGCCCUUCUCGUUCAGUAGCUGUGGUUGAUCAGUCCUCCAGUCAGACCCUGGUACGUACUCUGUCCCGGACAGAUGAGGCCAGAGGUCUGUUCUGGCUGAUGGAGGAGGAGGUUUUGCAGCCGGGAGGGUCAGAGGAAACACUCCUGCAGCGACUCUUAAGUUACUAUGGCCCUGCAGAGGGAGAGAGUACAGGUCACACAGUGGUGCUAAAAAGUGAAAACACACAUCACUUCCUGCUCGGCCACAGUCACGGGACAGAUUGGGUGGAAUAUGACACACACGGAUGGCUGAACCUAGCCAGGUUAAAUCCCACCCCCCAGAACGCAGCCAAUCUGCUGCAGAACUCCCAGAAGAAGAGCAUCAGCGGGAUGUUUGUGGGCCGCUCCAGCAGUGUUGCGGUUUUGACCGGCUCCAUCGCCGGACUGGAGGGUGUCUCUCAGCUCGCCAUGCGUCGGGCCACCAGCAUGAGGAAGACCUUCACCACAGGCAUGGCAGCCGUCAAAAAGAAGUCUCUCUGUCUUCAGAUUAAACUCCAAGUGGAUGCACUGUUGGACACCGUGCGCAGAUCCAGGGUUCACUUUGUCCACUGUCUAUUACCCCGAGCGGAGGUUCUGAGGGCAACAGGGUCCCCAGAGGAGAGCUGUGACCCUGGACUCAUGCAGACAGAUGUGGCUUUGCUCAGGGCCCAGAUCCGUGGCUUCAUGCUGCUGGACAGCUUGAGGAUUUACAGACAAGGCUACCCUGACCACACGGUCUUCUCUGAGUUCAGAAGACGCUUUGACGUUUUGGCCCCUCACCUGACCAAGAAACUAGGCCGAAACUACAUCGUGAAGGAUGAGAAACGAGCAGUAGAGGAGCUUUUGGAUUCUCUGGAAUUGGAGAAGAGCAGCUAUCACAUGGGCCUGAGCAGGGUGUUCUUCAGGGCUGGAACAGUGGCUAAACUAGAGGGACAGAGGGAUGAACACACCAGACAGAACAUCACGCUGUUCCAGGCCGCCUGCAGGGGCUUUUUGUCUCGACAGGCCUUCAAAAAGAGGAAGAUCCAGGAUUUGGCCAUCCGUUGUGUUCAGAAGAACAUCAAGAAGAAUCGUGGUGUGAAGGACUGGCCCUGGUGGAAGCUCUUCACCACCGUACGACCUCUAGUAGAGGUUCAGCUCACCGAAGAACAGAUUCGAGGAAAAGACGAGGAGAUCAUGCAUCUGAAGUUGAAGCUGGAGAGGGUGGAGAAGGAAAGAAAUGAGCUACGGCUGACCUCGGAUCGUGCGGAGAGCAGAAUCACAGAGCUGACGGCAGAGCUUUCAGAUGAGAGAAACUCUGCGGAGUCGACGUCCCAGCUGCUGGAGACCGAAACAAGCGAGAGAUUGCGUCUGGAGAAGGACAUGAAGGACAUGCAGGUGAAGUUUGACGAUGUGAAGAAACAGAUGGAGUCCAUGGAGAUGGAGAUCAUGGAGGCCAGACUCCUCCAAGCAUCAGAGCUCAACGGCGAGAUGGACAAUGAUGGCGAUGAUUCUGGAGGUGAAUGGAGGCUGAAAUAUGAACGUGCCAUCAGAGACAGAGAAUUCACAAAGAAAAAACUCCAGCAGGAGAUUGAUGACAAGGUGGAGACAGAACAACAGAACAAGAGACACGUGGAGAGAAAAUUAACGGACUUGCAGGCUGACCACGAGGAGUCCCAGCGAUCAGUCCAGCAGCUGAAGAAGAAAUGCCAGCGGCUGGCAGCUGAGCUGCAAGACACCAAACUGCACUUGGAAAAUCAAGAGGGACGCAACCAUGAGCUGGAGAGAAAGCAGAGGAAGUUUGAUGUGGAGAAGAACCAGUUUCACGAGGAACUACAGAAGGAGAGGAACCAGCGGGAGAAACUGAGUCGAGAGAGAGAUAUGCUAACUGGCGAGGUGUUUACAAUCAGACAACAGCUACAGGAGAAGGACACAGAGCUGUGUACGGUCAGUCUGAAGGUAGAGCAGCUGGAAUCCGAGCUCCAGGAUCUCUCCUCUCAGGAGUCAAAAGACGAGGCAUCACUCGCAAAGGUUAAGAAGCAACUGCGUGAUCUGGAAGCAAAGGUCAAAGAUCAAGAGGAGGAGCUUGAUGAACAGGCUGGAAACAUUCAGAUGCUGGAAAAGGCUAAACUCCGUUUGGAAAUGGAGAUGGAGAGAUUGAGACAAACGCAUUCUAAAGAGCUGGACAGUAAAGAUGAGGAAGUGGAGGACAUCAGACUGUCCUGCAGUAAGAAGCUGAAGCAGAUGGAAGUGCAGUUAGAGGAGGAAUAUGAAGAUAAACAGAGAGUUCUGAGAGAAAAGAGAGACCUGGAGUCCAAACUGAUGAUGGCACAGGAACAGGUUGGUCAGAGGGAUGUAGAGACAGAGAAACGUCUCAGGAAGGAUCUGAAGCGCACAAAAGUUCUUCUGGUUGAUGCGCAGGUGAUGCUGGACCACCUAAAGAGUAAUGUGCCCAGCAAAAGAGAGAUCAUCGCACUCAGAAAUAAGUUGGAGGAGUCAGAGUUUGUCUGCGCAGCCGCAGUGAAAGCACGCAAGUCUAUGGAGCUGGAAAUUGAAGACCUUCAUAUCCAGAUGGACGACAUCACCAAAGCCAAGAUGGCUUUGGAGGAGCAGAUAAGUCGUCUGCAGAGAGAGAAGAACAACCUGCAGUCUCGCUUUGAGGAGGAUCAGGAAGACAUGAAUGAACUCAUGAAGAAACACAAAGCUGCAGUGGCUCAGUCUACAAGAGAUCUGGCACAGAUCAGUGACCUACAGGCCCAGGUGGAGGAGGCCAUGAAAGAAAAACAAGAGAUCCAGGACAAGUUUCACUCCCUGCAGUCACAGCUUGAAUUUCAGGAACAGUCUAUGGUGGAGAAAUCGCUGGUCAGCCGUCAGGAAGCCAAAAUCCGUGAACUAGAGACCAAACUAGAAUAUGAGAGGACCCAGACCAAACGUCUGGAGUCUCUUGUAACACGGCUGAAGGAAAACCUGGAGAAGAUGACUGAGGAACGAGACCAGCGUAUUGCCAGCGAAAACCGGGAGAAGGAUCAGAACAAGCGAAUGCAAAGGCAGAUCCGAGACAUAAAGGAGGAGAUGACUGAACUGUCUAAGAAAGAGGCAGAAGCCAGUCACAAAAAACAUGACCUGGAAAUGGAUAUUGAAAGUCUGGAAGCAGCCAAUCAGAGCUUACAAGCAGAUUUGAAGUUGGCCUUUAAGCGGAUUGGGGACCUGCAGGCUGCUAUGGAAGAUGAAAUGGAGACGGAUGAUGAUGAUGACCUCAUCAACAGUUUACAAGACAUGGUGACAAAGUAUCAGAAAAGAAAGAACAAAACUGGAGAUGAAUCGGAUAUGGACUCUGAGGUGGAGGACCGCGUAGAUGGGGUGAAGUCAUUGCUCUCCAAGAGCAAAGGAUCCGCCAAGACACUCUCUGAUGAGGGCACCCAGAAAACCACCAGACACACCAAUGCUGCUAAUGCAGAUGUGAAAGAUAUAAAAGAAGGGAAAGAGGGAAAAGAGGGGAAGGAGGAAGUAAAAAAGGAUUCAGACGAGAGCCGUUCAUUGUCUGUGAUGAGCUCGCUCAGCUACAGGAAACGCUCCCACCAGAAGGACUGGAAUGGAGGUGCAGGGGAUGACAGCUCUCUCUUCAGUGCCCUUCGGGAGCAGCCGGACAUGCCUGACCGAUUGUCGUUGCGCAAAGCUAAAAGCAAAUCCACAGACAGGCCUCAGACUGGUGAUGACCUGGAUGACCGGGGUUCAGUGAUAUCCCAGGCUUACUCUGAGGCUGCCAGUAGGGCCAGGAAAGGUCUAGAUCGUCGCUGGACCAAAAGCAGUCCAGAAUUUGACAAAGAGCCCAUGGUGUCCUCGGUUGCCCCGAGCCGAGCUUCCGCACGCCGUGGGAUAGACCAAGAUGAUGAUGCUCUGUCUGGUGUGAGCAGCUUCAGCUUGCGACGUAGUACUUCUUGGAUGGAUGACAGUCGCAGUGAUUACGGGCCGACAAGUACCAGUAUGAGUCAACGAUCUAGAAGCCGAAGUCCUGGAAGCACCAGCGUCGGCUCACGAAUUUCCCUGGCCCGCAGCACCCGACUUAGUGAGUUUGGAGUUCGUUUGAAUAAUGAUGAUGUUGAUGACGAUGAUGAUGUUGACUCUGUGAGUGUGGCCGCAUACAGUCCACGCUCAGUGGGCCGUAGUCUGUCCACUCCUGCCCAGCUACGCUCCUCUGAGAACCCACUGGACACUUCUGACGUUAAACCUGUGAGUCACCGCAACUACCUGGACCCCGAGCUAGAAAAAGCCAUCAAUGAAGUCCUGAGCUUCAAGCCAAUUAAAUUCAAACGCCGCAGCUUAGAAGACUCAGAUGAAGAAGAGGAGGGAGGUGGUGGUGCAAGAGAGGAAGAAGAUAGGAAGAGCAUCAAGAGUUUGUUGCAAGACAAGGACGAUGAAGGUCUGGGCCUUAGCGGGUCCAGUCUGAGAUGCUCAGCUUCAGGUUCUGCUGUAGAUUCUGGACGUUCUGGAAGCUCAAUGAGUUCCUUCAGCUCCAAGAGCAGCAAGAAGAAGAACAAGAAGAAGAGCAGGCGCUCUGAGUCUGACAGCUCCUCCAAUGAGGGUCAUACUCGGCGGCAUUCCAGACAGAAAGAAAAGAGAAGAUCCAAAAGCUCAAGAAAGAAAGAAUCUGGAUCGUCCAAGUCUGAAUCUGACUCUGAAUCAUCAUCUUCAAGCUCUGCAUCAACAGUUUCAUACCGCAGCUCAAACAGCGUGAAGAGAACCCCCGGACAGAAAGAUGGGGGUCCAGAAAGUCCUGAUGAAGAACGACCCCCAAGCAAAAAAGAAAUAAAGAAACAGAAGAAGAAAGUGGACAGUCUGGUUAUGAAGUAUCUCUAUAAGCCUGACAGUGAUUAAGGAUCAUUAACAGCUCCUCACUCUACAGACCACACUCAGUGCAACAUGAUGAAGACAACACUGAACCAGAGAAAGACACUAC